CAGCGACGUUCGAAACUCCUCUAAACUUUACCAUACCCUACAUACAUACUCAAUGGCAUCCUCACUGGUUUCAAGGAGAUUGUACAGAAAAUGUUUUCAACAGAGCCGAUGUGUCAUCCAAGGGAGACAACUUAGAACUCCUGUCAAAAGUAGAUGGGCUCAGCCAAACUUUCACAGAAUUGCUUUGAACCACAGAUUAUUUCACUCCAGUUCAGUGACUUAUGGAGACAUUGAACAAUUUAAACUGUCUGACAUUGGGGAGGGAAUUAGAGAGGUCCACAUCAAGGAAUGGUUUGUGACGGUGGGCGACCAUGUGAAUCAGUUUGACAGUAUUUGUGAAGUCCAGAGUGACAAGGCGUCCGUGACAAUCACCAGUCGAUACGACGGUUAUAUCAGGCGGAUAUAUUAUGACGUGGACGAUGUCGCCCUCGUUGGACAACCUCUAGUGGACAUUGAACUGGACGAUGGAGCUUCUUCCAGUUCAAGUUCGGAAUCUAUCGAUAGUGGUAACACCUCCUCAGAUGAAGAGUUUGUGGGUCACAAGGUCAAAGGUAAAAGUACUCUGGCCACACCUGCUGUCAGGAGACUUGCUAUGGAAAACAAGAUUGACUUGAGGGAUGUAACAGGAACUGGUAAAGAUGGCCGAGUUUUGAAGGAAGACAUCUUAGCCUUCAUACAAAAUAAACAGACAGCAAAGGCUCCGAAAACAGUAGCACCUCCUCAAGUGCCACCCCCAGUCCAGAAAACGCCACCCCAGAAACCGUCCCCUCUACCCACACCAGUCAAAAGGGAGACGAUCGCUGUAGGGAAGGAUUACACAGAAGUCAUUAAAGGAAUCCGUAAAGCGAUGGUGAAGACGAUGACGCAGGCCGCGCACAUUCCAACGUUCGGGUACAAUGACGAGGUGGAUAUGACUAAACUAGUCGAGCUCCGCAGCGAAGUUAAGGGUGUGAUGGAGAAAUCGGAGGUCCGAUUCUCAUACAUGCCUGUUAUCAUCAAGGCUGUGUCAUUAGCUUUAUCAGAAUAUCCAAUACUAAACUCUAGUGUGGAUGAAAACUGUGAAAACAUUACAUUCAAGGCAGCACAUAAUAUUGGCAUUGCCAUGGAUACCCCGGAGGGUUUGGUUGUCCCCAGCGUGAAGAAUGUCCAGUCUCUGAGUAUUUAUGACAUCGCAGUAGAACUGAAUCGUCUCCAGGCCCUGGGAAUGGCUGGAAAACUGACCAAUGCUGAGUUAACUGGGGGGACUUUCUCACUGUCUAAUAUUGGAGUGAUAGGAGGAACUUAUGCCAGACCUGUGAUAUUACCACCAGAAGUGGCAAUAGGUGCACUAGGAAAGCUACAAACAUUACCUCGUUUUGAUGACAAUGGUAACGUUAUCAAGAAACAGAUCAUGUGUGCCAGCUGGUCAGCUGAUCACCGCAUCAUAGAGGGCGCUACGAUGGCUCGAUUCUCCAAUCUGUGGAAGUCGUACCUAGAGAACCCCAGUCUAAUGCUUCUCUAUCUGCGAUGAUGAGUGACUCAGAGUGUUUACUAUAGAUCUUCAUUUACUCAGCACACAUUGUGAAGCCAUAUCAGUGACAUAAUAAACCAUACUCCAUUUUAUCGCACACAGAUUGGACUUUUCUGAGGACAAAUUCGAGGCAAUUAUCAAAUGAAAAUUCAAUAUUGGAAUUCUGUAGAUGAGGAGACUUUUUUUUACUCUCUGAAGACAUAGUCUUUCAGAAAAGUCAUGAUUUUGGCAGUAUGUAGUUAUUUAUCUUGGUUUUCCAUUGUUUGAUCAGAAUCUAUAUUGUAUUCUGUACAUUACAUGUAUCACGACGCGGGUAGUGUGUGUACAUGUAAAUUAUAUACUCCUGGCUGACUUCUCGUGUGAAGACGCACAAGGUCAGGGUUGAAUCUCAUUCAUUGGUUACAAAAUCAUGUGUGGAAUUGCUUUGAAAUAAAAUAAAAUCAUGUAUAGGUUGAUAA